AUGUUUUUAGCCCAUCUGUUUGAUACGAUUGAUCAUCAAAUGUCGGGUAUUUCAAAAUCUCCCGAUCAUGUUAAACGUCCUAUGAACGCGUUUAUGGUAUGGUCUCGUGGUCAACGUCGUAAAAUGGCACAAGAAAAUCCUAAAAUGCAUAAUAGUGAAAUAAGUCGUCGACUUGGCGUCGAAUGGAAAUUGUUAUCUGAAGAACAAAAACGUCCAUUUAUCGAUGAAGCUAAACGUUUAAGAGCAUUACAUAUGAAAGAGCAUCCAGAUUAUAAAUAUCGUCCGAGACGUAAACCAAAAUCAUUAAUGAAAAAAGAACGUUUUCCAUUUCCAUUUCCAUUUCCUCAUCAUCCCUACAGUGGAUUUAGUUUAUCUCAAGCAACAGUCGGAACAAAUGGAACAACAAAUACGAGUGGACACCAUCAUCAUAGUUCUCAUCAUCCAUUGUCAUUAAGCGAUUUAACAUCAGCUACAUCUCAGCAUUUAAAUGAUUCAUUGGCAUUGAAUUUAGAAAAAUGUCGAAAUCUGUUACCACCAACGUCAUCAACCUCACCAUUUUAUUCGUCACCAUUUUCAACAAAACUAUCAGAUUUUUCUUCGACAAAUGCAGCAGCAGCUGCUUUAGCCUAUAAUCCUUAUAGUACGUUAGCUAUGGCUAAUGCAGCCGCAGCAUUUUCUGGACUAUCAAGUGUUCCUAGUUAUCCAUACAGUAUGUUAUCAGCUGCCGUGGCAGCUACAACAUCCGCAUCAUCAUCAUCAGCCUCUGUUUCAUCAUCGUCUGUAUCUUCAGCUAUGAAUGGGGAAGGGAGUAGCACCAAUAAUAUUCAUCGACCACAGGCAUUACUAGGAAAAAAUACUUCUGAUAAUAAUAAUAACACUGAACAUCAACGUUAUUAA